UAUAUAAGCAAGGCCAUUCUAGUUUGUCACAAACCAACUUCUUUUUUUUCCUCCUUUGACUUCUACUUCUCAAAACUUCCCUUUUUAUAAGCAUCAAAUCACUUCCAUAACUCUCAAACCAAGAACAAAGAAGAAAACGAAAAAAAAAAAUCAUAUAUACAUGGCAGCUUUUUCUUUCCCACACCACCCUGUUCUGCUUGACCCUGUUUUGUUGCCAAACAACUCUCCCAUAAUCAAGAACAUGUCUGGUCUACUAAUGGACCCCCAGAUUCAAGAAGGAAAUUGUUUGUCUCAGUUCUUCCCAUCUGAUGAUUGUGUCCAUGGAACCCCUUUUGAAAGAAGCUGCUCAACAAAGGUUGCUGAUCUUAGUGAUCAUGAUAUUAAUAAUGAUGAGAAUUCUGUGACCAAAAAACACAUCAUGAUCAGCACCGACUCUUCAACUGUUGUGGAUAACAGCAAGCUUGAGAGUGGUGAGCAGGUCACCCAGAAGGUUACCACCAUGGACAGGAAGAGGAGAAUCAACAGAUAUGGCUCCUCCUCAAAUUCUUCUCAGUCUAAGGAAAUUGUUGCAAGAGGAAAGAAGCAAAAGAAUUGCAGUGAUUCUUCUGUGAAAGAUAAUAAUAAUAAAGAGGAGAAGAAGGUAAAGCAGAAUAAAAAUGGAGAGGGGAAAAAGGAUCAAGAUGAGCCUCCGACAGGCUACAUUCAUGUUAGGGCAAGGAGGGGCCAAGCAACUGAUAGCCACAGCCUUGCAGAGAGGUUAAGAAGAGAGAAAAUCAGUGAGAGAAUGAAGAUGUUGCAAAAACUUGUUCCCGGGUGUGAAAAGGUAACUGGAAAGGCCCUCAUGUUGGAUGAGAUUAUCAAUUAUGUUCAGUCCCUACAGAAUCAAGUAGAGUUCCUUUCAAUGAAGCUUGCUUCUUUGAAUCCCAUGUUUUAUGACUUCGGAAUGGACCUUGAUGCAUUUCUGGUCAGACCAGUGGGUUUGAACACUUUGGCUUCACAAAUAAAUCAAUCUGUGCCACAAUGUAGCCAAAAUCAACCAACGGCUGUUUUCGCAGCUGAUCAUAACAGUGCAGUUCCGGCACCAACUAACUUCAAUGUCACAGCCAAUGACUAUCCUAUUUUGGACAACUCCGAUUCUCUUUUGCUACAACAAGGACAUAGGCCAAGUGCUUUCUCUAAUGAAAAUGGGACUCUCUUGUGGGAUGUGGAAGAUCACAGACAAAGCUUUCUUAAUCCAUCUGGGUUCAGCAACUUGUGUUCUUUCAAUUAAUUAAUAUUAUCUAACCACCCAAAAGCUGCCCUACAAACAUAGUAGUGAGGAAAAAUCUAAAAGCAGGCAAAAAAAAAAAAAA